AUCGAAGUCCCUACUAUCAAAAUUGUGUGAAAGUUUGCGAAUCGUCUAAUUGCACAAAAGGUAAUGCAAAUUCGCAGGGAAGGAAAUUGACUAAAUUAUGCCUUUCAAAUAUAUUCAAAGAAGAGUUAGCGGACCAGGGGCUUAUGGAACAAUUCACUUAGACAAUACCCAGGAAAAUACAGAGACAUCACACUUGAAUCAAAACCCAUUUCGCCAGUCUUCGGUAAGCGUUGGAUGUAGUAACAUAUCUAGUAGUGAACAGUUUGGUGAGAAGAGCGGUGCUGGAUCGAAGAGCUGCGAUACGCUGAUAUGUGGUGGUGCAUCGGGACCGGUGAGUGGUGGUCGAUUGGCCUUGUUCAGUAGCAGUGACGCCGGUAGUGUCCUGGCCAAAGACCAAAGAUAUAGCUCGGCGCGCCUUUUACCUUCGCACUUUUCGCCAGCCGCCAUUAGUAGCAGUAGUGGUGGCGAAGGUGGCGAAGUUGCUACAACUUCUAAUACCACCAGCAGCAAUUCGCCACGCUUUGAUGUUGAUGACGAAGAAGACGUGCGUUAUCCACAACAUCAAGUUCAUGUGCAACUGUCUCAGGUGCAGCAGGCCUAUCCUCUGGCCUGUCUUGUUGGUCCCAGUGGUAGUUUGAAUCAGAAAACAACAUCUGUUGACAGCAGUUGCUGGCGCAAUACCAGUUGCAAAAGUUUGCAAUUUCACAAGCGAAGCAUAAAUUCAACUGGAAAUUUGGAUGAUAUCAAUUGGAGUGGUGGUGGUGGUCACUAUUUAGCCACAGCCGCCACUGGAAUUGUGGGGGGUGGUCAGCCAAGUGUAAAAUAUCGCGAUAAUAAGCACUCCACCACAUAUAGUCCAAGUAGUUCGGGCCACUACAACUCAUUAAAAUCGUCUCAAAUAGUGUGCAAGAAAUGCAUGUCAAAGUCAUUGAGUUGUUUAAAGAAUGCACGAAAAAAGACAAAUUUGUUUAAAUUUCAUUUAAAGCCACUGAAAAUAUCCCAGAUAACAGACAGUGAUGCAAUAUCAAUUUCUUGCCAGGUACCAAUAACAUUGGCACAAUUUGGAGGCAAUGGUACAACGCUAUGCAAUGGACAACAUGCGAUUAGUUCAAAUCAAUCAACGAAUAUAUCUCAGAAAGCACAUUCGCGAUAUUCCACCUUGCCAAAAAUUGGUGGUAGUUCAUUGAAUGUGAGGCCAAGAUUGAAUAGUAGUGAUUCACCCAAAUUGACCCAUCGUGGUAGCUAUCGCGACAGAGACAACACCGGUGCCCUGGACCCCUCAAGCACCCACGCAACCACGACGACGACAACGGCGACGAACGCAUACUUGAAUCCAUCAACACCACCGCCUUACACCACCACCACAAGCACAAGCGCCUCACCGACUGCCGUGAGAUCCUCUACCAAUACACCCACGGCUACAAGAAGUGAUAUCCGUAGCAAUAAUAAUCCAGCAAGUAGUGCAAAUUCCCAGCAGCAGGGAAGCAGUAGCAGUAGUAGCAACAACAGCUGUGGUGUCAAAAGCAAACCUGUGAGUGAUCCAUGCAAUCGCAGUAUUGAUUUCAAUCGACAGAUCAGUGCACCCAUUGAGAACAGAUCUAGUUCCAGUUCAGUGAAUAAUAUUAAUCCUAGCCAAGUGAAUUACUUUCCAUCGUCAAUCAUUAGUUCAUCCUAUACGAAUAGUUUGACCCGCAACAAAAAACACAGGAGUUUAAAAUUGACUGGCAGAUUAUUUAGUGCAGCUAGUUCGGACUCAAUACGAUUCAACUCUAAUUUAUCUAGUCAAAAUGAUAACGACUUGCGGAUAUCAGUAGAUAAUACGUGUACAGAUUCUUUAGUUACUGCUCUAGAUGAUGAAGCCUUACUAUUAACGGAAUUUAACGAAAUGGCAAAAUCAAAGGUUCAUUUCGACGAUGUCUCUCUGUAUGGUACGCCGAAGGAGGAACCGCUACCGACAAUCCCGGUGGUGCCGGAGAAGACGUCAUCGAAUUUCAUCAAGAACCAACUGCAGUCAUGGUUUCAACCCACAGACAACCGUUUAGCUAUGAAAUUAUUCGGUAGCAAGAAAGCCUUAGUUAAAGAGAGAAUUAGACAAAAAUCAGCCGGUCACUGGGUAAUCCAUCCAUGUAGUUCAUUUCGAUUCUACUGGGACUUAUGUAUGUUGUUGCUACUCGUUGCGAAUUUGAUCAUUUUGCCUGUUGCCAUAUCUUUUUUCAAUGAUGACCUUAGCACUAGGUGGAUUGCUUUUAAUUGUCUAAGUGACACCAUAUUUUUGAUAGAUAUUGUUGUCAACUUCAGAACAGGUAUAAUGCAGCAAGAUAAUGCGGAGCAAGUGAUAUUAGAUCCUAAGAUUAUAGCGAAACACUACCUUAAGACAUGGUUUUUUCUGGAUUUAAUUUCAUCCAUACCACUCGACUACAUUUUUCUCAUCUUCAAUCAGUACAUUGCCUCAUCGGAUUUUUCGGAAUCUUUUCAAAUACUGCACGCCGGAAGAGCACUACGAAUCCUUCGAUUAGCCAAACUUCUAUCACUAGUUCGUCUCUUACGAUUAUCUCGUCUCGUUCGGUACGUGUCGCAAUGGGAGGAAGUCUAUAUUCUGCAAAAUCUUCAAAAAAAGCGCGCUGAUCGAAGAGGACGAUUAGUCAAAAAAGAAAAGGGCUUUUCGAAAAGCAAUCUUGUGCUGAAGUUCCUCAACAUGGCCUCGGUCUUUAUGCGAAUCUUCAAUUUGAUUUGCAUGAUGCUCCUCAUUGGACACUGGAGUGGAUGUUUGCAAUUCCUGGUGCCAAUGCUCCAGGGAUUUCCCUCGAACUCAUGGGUGGCAAUUAAUGAAUUGCAGGAAGCAUAUUGGUUAGAACAAUACUCAUGGGCGUUGUUUAAGGCAAUGUCCCACAUGCUCUGUAUCGGUUAUGGCAGAUUUCCCCCGCAAUCACUAACUGAUAUGUGGUUAACUAUGUUAUCCAUGAUAUCAGGGGCUACGUGCUAUGCAUUAUUUCUCGGACAUGCCACAAAUCUUAUUCAAAGUUUGGAUUCUAGUAGAAGACAAUAUCGUGAAAAGGUUAAACAAGUUGAAGAGUACAUGGCAUACAGAAAGUUGCCAAGAGACAUGAGACAGCGAAUAACAGAGUACUUUGAGCAUCGUUACCAAGGCAAAUUCUUUGAUGAAGAAUUGAUCCUUGGGGAAUUAAGUGAAAAGUUGAGGGAAGACGUUAUCAAUUACAAUUGCAGAUCUUUGGUUGCUUCAGUGCCUUUUUUCGCUAAUGCUGAUGCAAAUUUCGUAUCAGACGUCGUAACAAAGUUAAAGUACGAAGUAUUCCAGCCAGGUGAUAUUAUCAUUAAAGAAGGUACAAUCGGGACGAAAAUGUACUUUAUCCAGGAAGGUGUUGUCGACAUUGUCAUGGCGAACGGUGAAGUGGCAACUUCUCUGUCGGAUGGAUCGUACUUUGGCGAGAUUUGCCUAUUGACAAAUGCCAGGAGAGUGGCAAGUGUUCGUGCAGAGACAUACUGCAAUCUAUUUUCACUAAGUGUAGAUCAUUUCAAUUGUGUUCUCGACCAAUAUCCUCUUAUGAGAAAGACGAUGGAAACAGUGGCGGCGGAGAGAUUAAACAAGAUUGGGAAAAAUCCAAACAUAAUGGCGCAACGUGAUGAACCGAAUAGCUUAAAUACAGAAUCAAAAACAAUUAGUGCAGUUGUGAAUGCUUUAGCAGCAGAAGCGGAACAUGUAAAUAAUAUGAGUGAUGAUAUGGCACAAAAUAGUGGAUCAGAGCAGAGUCUCCAAAAUCUCAGUGAGAACCUGAAACUUAGCUUACCGAGGCCAAAAAGUGACGAAUUCAGAUCAUUAUUCGGAGGCAGUAGUCCUUAGUUUUAAUUUCUUAGUGAUAUUGCAAAAAAUAAUUUAAGUGACAUUUUAAGGAUUAUUAAGUUAAAGAAAAAAAUUAGACAUAAAAAAUGAGAGGAACAACAACAUAAAUACUGAAAGAUUAUAACUCGAAACAAAAAAGGAUUCAUGAGAAAUCUUGAUCAUGAAUCAAAUGAUAAAUAGCAAAGUGUUUUAAUUUAUUGUUUAAUUUCCAAGGGGAUUUCCUGAAUUACAAUGCCAAACAAUCGAUUUUUUAUUUAUUAAAUAAAUUUCUUAAUUGCUUCUACAUUAUCGAGAAAUUUAAGACCAUAUUGAAGCAAAUUUCCUACGUUUAUGCAGAAAAAACACUUCGAUAUGGAUAUAAAUUUCUCUAGUGUGUAGAGGCCAAGCUGUCUACAUACCAGGAGAAUUAUGGCCAUAAAAUAUUUCAAUGUAACAUUGAAAUGAAAUUUCGAUAUUGAGACAAGUAUUGAAAUAAUUGCCUACGCACUGGAAAAUUUUCUUCAAUAUUGAAAUUUUAUUGUAAGUGUGUAGGCAAUUCUUGUCGAUAUCGCAUAUUGCCAGCAAAUAUUGAAAUAAAUUUUGUUUAAUCCUUAGACAGCUUAAGAUUAGAAGCCCAUUCUAAGUAAUUUUGACGGUAGACAGACGGAAGUAAAGAAGCGACGAGCGAAUUUAUGAGCGCUUGAGGGAACAUUCAAAACUUUGAAGCACUUUUUUUCAUUUCUCAUUUUAACGUUUUUGUCGAAUAGAUUUCAUAUUUCCCGCCAUUUAAGGGACUACUUGCUUUGACAAGACGCUCCAGUGAACUAAUCAUUUGUCCGAUUUUUUUUUGAUUUUUUUUUAUAAAAAAAAAUAUGCUCGAAACUUCAAGAAGCUUCAAGAAAUAAUUCAGGAUUUCUCUUUAAAUAAAUCAACUCAAAUAUAAAUGCUAAAAAUCAUUAAAAGAAUCUCAAUAUUUUCUCUCUAAAUGAAACUUACGUAAUUCCUUAAGUAUCAAGUAAAAGUCAAAGUACAUUAUCAUUUCUUAGAAUAUUUAAUUUUAAAAGUAAAACACUCAGAGAUUAUAGUAUUUAAUUUACCUAUGCGUAAUUUUCCAUGACAAAACAAAGUAUUAUCGAGAUGAAAAUUUAAGGAAUAUUUUGAACAAUAUCCUAAUAUGACAUUUUCUUAGGAACACUCUUUCAGAGCCACUAAAAAUAUCAAAUUUUUGAUAUUAAAUUGAAUUCUGCAGACUUUUCAUAGAACUUGCAUAAAAUGUAUUUCGAUGUUGAAGACACAAAACCAUCUUGUUUGACCACAGUAAACCUAUUGACUUAGGGUUUGGUAGACACCAAUAAAAGUUCACGAUUCGUAAAGACAGUAUUAAAUUUUAUCCCGUAAAAGAUUACACUUUAUAGGAGCAAUUGCAUCAUGAUUUUAGUGAAAGCCGCGCAACGUAAAUCAAAUUUCUUUAAAUCAUGUUUCGUGAAUCAAUUUGCUCAGAAUUUAAUAUUUGUACAAUUAGCAUUAUGCAUAUGCAAUUUAAUUUUUUUCCCGUAAAAGUUUUUUUUAAUUUUAUCAAGUUUUCUUAUUGGCUAGAGCUUUGAAUGCUUUCAGGCUAUAGCAAGUAAAAGAGCGCAAAGAUUUUUAAAUAUUGAAAGGGGUUAAAUAUUUAUUUGUAUGCGAAUAAUAUGUUUUCAUAAAUAUUUAAUUAUGUUUGAUUCUAUUAUUUUGCGUCUGUACGAGAUAUAUUGGUCACAAGCCUAAAACUCGAAAUAAAAGUAAACCCCGUAAUAAAAAUAAACCCCAGACUUUUAAUUCGGUGUAAUUUUGAUUAUAUUUCGAUGCAUAUAAUCUCUGUAGUUUCUUUUUUUUAUUUUCAUUAAUUAGUGACUGUAUUUCCAUAUAAAUACUGUGGUCCAGUGUGUUAUGUCAUAUUCCCUCUUAAGGUGUCAUUACCGUACGUACACUUUUAAUUACUUCACCCCUUUAAUUUUUUUUUUAAAUUUUGUUUUGUAAAUCACAGUUGAGGAGACAAGAAUAUUUUGUAGAGUAAAUUUAUAUCCGUAGGAAAGAUUUCCUGAUAUACUCACUGGAGUAUAGUACAGUGAGGUGUAUAUCGAAAUACUCCUAUUUAGAAGAAUCCUAAAAGAUAUUUAAAUUUGUCAAUUAUUUUAUCGAUUUAUGUGUAUAAGUAAAACUUCUUUUAAUAAUUCUCCCACUAUGAUAUCAAACAAAAAAUCAUUUCUAAUGGAAUUUCUAACGGUAAAGCCACUACAUCAAAAUUCUUAUUUCACAUGCAAUGCACAUAAAUCUCCUAUUUUUCAAUGCAAAAUACAGUAAAUAAAAAAAUAAUAAUUCAGAAAUCUAUUUCAAUAUAAAUUUUAUUUAUAAAACAAAUUUAAAUGGAUUUGCAUUUACAAUUCCUCUUUCAAAUUACAUAAGAGACCAUAAAGCGUAAAUAAAAAUUGGUAAAUAUAUUUUUGCCAUAAUACUAUUGAAUAUUUUAAAGGGACAAAUUGGGUAGAAGUCUGUUCAUUAGAGCAUUUAUUCAAAUUUUUAUAGAGUUGUUUUUUCUCAAAUGCUCAUAUUUUAAUACGAGUUUUUACAAUCAUAUUUAAUCAUCCAUAACAGUACAAGUUGAUAUUUAUUGAACGUUAAACUUAAACAUUAUAUUUUCUGCAUACAAUUUGGUUCAGAAAGUGUUCAGUUUCAUUCUUCAUGCAAAUUUUAUCUGUAAAAUUUAAAUUGUUCCACAUUCCAAUUGGUAGUUCAAAUGGAAAUUAAUAAUCUGAAAACUUUGAAAACAAAACUUUUUUCCUCUUCUCAAAUUGAUAUGGUUUUGUGCAGGAUUAAAAACUUCCUUCCUAUAACCUUUUUUUAGUCAUUCAUACGACUGUUGGAAUAUGAUUUACAUCAAAAUUGGAUUUUACUUAUUCAAUUUCAAAUUGGGAUAAAAUUGAACGGAAUACAGAAAUAUUGAUUUCGAGCAGUAAAAUGCAAAUUCAAUAAUUGCCAAGGAAUUUCCGAUAGCAAGAAAUCUAAACUGAAAACAGAUUUAUCUUUAAACAUACAAAAAAAAAUAGCCGAGAUCAUAAGCGUCUUUCAAUUAUGUUCAAAUAUUUUUCGAAUAUUCUAAAAAAUAUUUUAUGCUAAUUUUAUUAAUUAAUAAGGAUGUAAAUGUCAUUAGUUGUGUUGAAGAUGAUCAAACUCGGUUUGCGCUUAUUUGGUGUUUCAAAAUGCAUAGUGAGUCUCAGCAAAUCUCUCUUGGUGGUUCUUUCUAAAAUUUACUCUACAAUAGAGACUGUUAUAAUCACCUCAAUUUUCUGUGUGCUAAUACAGAAACCCUAUCAGUUCUAUUUCUUCGAAACACCAAAGUUCCGUCACACAGUUUAGAAAAUAAAAAUUGAAUUUUAAAAGUAAUAAAAUGAUUUAGUGCUUUUUGUCGCUUUUUGUUUUGUGUGCUUUUAAUUCACAAAUUUUAAAAAUUUACAAGAAAUUAACCCAUGUGAAGUAGAAAUAUAGUCAUUAAAAUAAAUAGUUAAAUUAUUUGCUGAAAGCUAUUCACUGUGAUAUCCGGCAUUCUAAUUUUUGCUAAAAGAAAUUUCAAGAAGAACUGCAAGAAACAACUUCUAGUAUAAAAAGAAUGUUACCAUUUCAUUUUGGCAAGUUGAAACCAUAAAAAUGUCCAGAAAUCACUUUAGUAAAACAUGAAGAUGAUUCGUUACCCCUCUGUUUUACUUUUCUCAAGAUUAUUUUACUUUUGUAAUGCAUUAGAAAAUUUGAUUCAUAAUUUUAUAUUUAAUUUUUACGAGAGACUUUAAUUUUGAAAUAUUAUAGGUUUCGAACAAAAAUCUUCCCGUUUAGAUGGACAAUUACAAUUAAUAAAAGUCCAAUGUCUGAUCUUAAUCUCCAAAACUAAAUUUUCCAAAUUAGAAAUUUUCUUCUACAGAGUAUAUAUGACGUAAUAUACCACUCUUGGAAUGUUUAGAUAUUUUCAAAAUCAAAAAGCGGCCCAUAUUCCCUAGAGCUGGUAUAAAAGGGUAGCUUUUUUUACAGAAAAUAAAUUAUUUUUGUUGAAAUUGGAAAUCUUUUAAGUCUACCCGCCGAUUUUACAAAGGCUUUUCAAUUUUUUAACUAAACAAAAACAAUUCGUUUGUAAAAAAAAUUAGUCUAACGAGUUACUUCAGGAAUCAUUUAAAAUUUUGGAAUUUGAAUUGGAGAAUUUAAGAUUCCGAAAAUAUACAAUGAAACUGUAAUUCCCAACCAUCUGGACAUUUUAACUUUUCGUACAGAAAAUAUAUUGUCUAUUUUAGCAAUUCAGAUAUUUAACAAUUAAAAACUAUAAGAUACAUAUAUUAGUAGAAAUAUUUCUAUCGUGGGUAUAUGAAAAAAUACAGUUAAAUUUUAAAUUUCAAUAAAACAGAUAUUUUCUAACCUUUUACCAAAACGAUUUAAACAUAUCAUUUUUCUUUAAAUCGCAGACAUUUUUUAGAAAAAAAAUACUAAAGAAAUAUCCUAGAAUACCAAAUUAAAGGAAGCAAAAAACGUAUUGCUAAAAUUUGUGCUUCCAUUACAACUUACAACAUGUAUUUUUCUUAUGUUGUUGAUCUUUUAAAAGAACUGUAAAUAAAUAAAAAAAAUUACAUUAAAUGGAAGUUUUAUGUAAGGUCUACAGAACAAUUUGCUUUACGAAAUUCAACUAUUGAUUCUUGAUAAGAUACCAUUCUCUAUUUUCGUGAUCUCCUUUUAGGACAAUGUAAAAAAAAAGUAUAACGAUUGAAACAGAUACUUCACUCUAUUGUUGUUGAUCUUCUAAAAAUCUAUUUUUAUCGCAUAUUUAAAAAUAAAAAAAAACUCAUUCAUUCAGAGAAAAAAACAACAAAAACAUAGAAUUCUAUUUUUAUUUAAUGAAACUCAGAACAAGAAAUAAAGAAUAAAGGUUUAUAGAAAAAAGAUUAACAUUUAUUAUAUUGUUAGCGAUUAAAGAGAAAUAUAUUGCAAAGAAUGGAACAAAUUAAAUUGUAUUAUAACAUGAAAAUAUUAGUUUUUAAGAAAUUUAAUUCUUCGCCAGUUAAUUAUCCAUGUAAAUAAAAGAAAAGAAUAUAUAAAAUGCCAUUUAGUGACUCGAUAGGUACAAUUUUAUUUUAAACUCUAUUUUUCUCAAAUUUAAUUGUCUCAAAAUAGAAAAUUUUUUUAGAACAAAAAUCACAUUGAUAUAGACGAAUGCACAAAAAUGUAAAAUAUUAUACUUCUUAUUUCUUAAAUCCCCUCUCAAAGAAAAAGAAAAGAAUGACUUUUUUCUGAGUGCAUUUAAAUGUGAAAAUUAUUUCAAUUUAUAUGUUUUUGAUUUAUCGUUCUUUUUUCUACAAAAUGGGCAAACUUUAAAAAGUUAUUUAAAAAAAAUUAGAAGAUUUUAGCUAAAGCAAUCAGUGAAUUACAGUGCUUUUUACUUAUUAAUUUUAGAGCUGAAAAUAAGCACAAACCAAGAGAUAUUUCAAAAGAAAACCCAAGUGAAAAGAGCAUUAUUUAGUUAGUUAUUAAGAAAAGAGAAACAAAUCAACAUAAUAACCAAAAAAAUAAUGUAGAAAUUCUUUGCCUAUAUUAGAAAAAAAUGAAACAAUUAGGAGGUGAAUCUUUCAGUAGAAUACAGAGAUUUUUGAAAAAAAAUCCCAAUGAAAACUUAAAAAAUGACGAGAAAGACGUAAUACCAAUUUAUUAUUAAAAAAAUGUAGGACAGAUCAAAAAUUUAUUCUUAAAAAAACUGACGAAGUUUAGUGAAUGAGUAAUUUACCAUCCCUCCUGCUGCUAAAUAUCCAAAAAGUAUAAACAUUUCACACAAGCAUAUUCUCAUCAAAAACAAAAAGAAAAACAUUUAACGAAAAGAAAAACGCAUUGAAUAGAAGAAAAAUCAAAAAUAACCAAACUCUUAAAGGAAAAGCAUAAACAGAAAUCUUAUAUACUGAAAGAGAACAAAAGAAAUGAAACAAGAAAAAAAGAAAAAAAAACUUAUGGCUUAUAUACAUAAAAAAAAACAUAUAGAAAACAAAAAAUAAUGUAAUUAAUUUUGGAGAAGAAAACUCAAAAAAUGAUGACGUAGUGAAAAUUGAUACUAUUGAAGAAAAUACCAAGUCUUAUUAUUAGGUUCUAAGCCACCAUAUUGAAGAAAAUAAAGAAAAAAACCACCAAAAAAUUAAAAUGCAAAAUGGGAGCAGACACUUUUCUCUUGUACAAAAAAUCAGAUAAUAUUCUCUGUAAGGAAAAUUCUUUUAACAAAAAUGUUUGAAGAAUUAAGCGAUUGUUUACUCAACUAUCGAGAGUUCUGAAGAGACAGAUUUCAAAUAUGCAGAACUUUCAGCCAUGAUUAAGUACUAUCCUGGAUAAAACAUUUCUUAUUUCUUUAACAUAUAAAGAAAUUGGCCUAAAAGAUGCUAUGAUAAUUUAUUAAAUAUUGUAACUAAUGCGUGCCAUAAUUAUUUAAUAAAGUUUGACAAAUGUCAGAAAAAAUCAAUUCAUAUAUAUAUAUAAAAAUUAUAGCUGCAAGUUAUUUGCGCUUAAUUCGAAAUCUGUCAAUUUCUUUUUGCUCAAUUGAUUGGCAUUAUAAUUUCCUUUUUUGCUAAAACAUCUUUUGCUCAAAUAUUGUGAUAAAUUAAUAUUUUAAGAACAUCUCUUUUAACACUGAAAAUUUUUUUGUUUUAUGUUUCUGAAUUUUAAAGUUCUGUUUGUUACUGAGUCAAUUACGCUUAGCUGUAGUGAAGCUAAUAUAUAAAAGCAAGGUUAAAAAACUAUUUUUCUUCAAAAGAAAAGUCUCACAGCAAAAGAAGACAAUUGGCCAAUGAAUAAAUUCUUAGAUUUUCUGUUUAUGAUUUUAAUAAUUUUUUGAUUGUGGAAUAGAAAAGUCAAAAUUAUUUUUAAAUAUCAAAGUAAUGAUAUUCCCACAAAUGAUUUAACUGAGAUUCUUUACAAUCUCUCCUUUUUAAUUUGUGAAAUACGUCUUAAAGAAAAUGCAUAGGUAACUGGCUUACGGUUCCAAUGUGUAAAUUUUCGUCAAAAAAGUGUUAAUUAUGCCAUAAUAUUGCAAAAAAUAUGUUUAUCUGCUGUUCGCGUCAAAAAUUCGCUACGAUUUUAUCAUGAUCUUAGAAACAUUGUACCGAUAGGUAAAUCUUUUACAAAAUCUUGCCAAAUUACUAUAAUCUUGCAAAAAUUGUCUCGAUAUGUCACAACUUUUCAAAAACUGCGUCGAUUUGUAUAUUUUUGGCAUUUAAUUGAUGUCGAUUUAAUCUCUCUUUUAUGAUUCACUGAAAGAGUUAUUUGUUUGGUUUUCGAAAUAAGGAAGUGAUAUUUUCUUCUUUUUAUUUUUUAUUUACUUAUCUUGAAAUUAAAUGGUUUAUUUUCAGUGUGUAAAUAUUAGGAAGAAUUUCUUACAUAAUUUAUUGUUAUUAUUUUUAAGUUUUAAUGAAAGGUGUGGUAAAAAGAUGUUUCUUUUUCGAAAAUCAAUCAAAUUCCUUUCCGUUAUAAAAUUAUUUUUAUCGGAAAUUCCUCCCGAUGCGUAGAGGCCUUAAGAAAUUAAUAAAUAAAGCAUAAAUACGUCAUUAGCAUGAAAUUAGAAAAAACUGCUAUUAAGGAUAAAUAAACCCUUUUAUGUUCACGCAAAUUAGACUAAAAAUGGAAGAAUUUUAAAGAUUUUAAUUUUAUUCACCAAAAAUACUUAAGUCUAAAUUACAAUUUUUUUGUGGCUGAAUUUAAUUUUCCAGACUAAAUAAUGUUUUUUGUUCCUUGAAAAUAUUAACUAAGUUUUGAUCUUUUUUUAACGUGUUAUAUUCAAUGACCUGAAUUUCCAUUUAAUUUUUACUGUAUAAAGAUAAUUGACCUAAUUGAUUACUAAAAAAGAACAAAGAAAUUUCACUUUAGAAAUUUACGGUUAUUAGAGAUUUUCCAACUUAUUGAUGUGUAAAACUGUGAAACACGUUUCUCAAUAUCAAUGUUUAACAGGCACUUGAUGUGGAAAGAACCAAUGAAUAGUAACCUAACAUUAUUAAUCCUUAAAAAAAAAAACAAUAAAUAAACUGUCAUUUGUUGAAUAUUUUAAUUAAUUUAAAAGUGACAGUUUCUUAAAAUGAACAGGAGAAAAAAUAUUUAAAUAAGAAUGGUCAUAAUAAGAAGUAUUUUACUUAAAUUGUUUAAACAUUUAUCCAGAAUAGUACUGAAAAUCGUGCCAAAUCUGCUUCUCAAAAUCC